UAUCCUACACUCAGGCAUGCGUGAUGAUCAGUGCUGAAGAAGUACCGCGGUCAAGAGUAGGGAUUUCAACAGGUUUGAAUUGUACCGCUGCUCAGUUUUCAGUUGCUCUGUGAAUACCGUACGGAAAAGAACCGUAAAGAACCACGUCCAACGAAUGCGACCUUGGAUAACAACAUCGAAUAUCGCAGGUUGAAUAAUGUUACUGGGGAUUGGUGCUUGCCCUCUUUUUUGCUGCGUGAUUAUCGGAACUAUAAUUAUUGGAGCCGUUCUGUUGGUGAUUGGACUUCGACUUUUCGCCUGCUACACGUUAGGCAUUUGUAAAAGUAAGGCAAAGAUGGACGGCAAAGUCGUUAUCAUCACGGGGUGCACUUCCGGUAUUGGUAAGGAGACCGCAAAAGAUCUUGCCAAGCGAGGCGCGAAGAUCAUUAUGGCUUGCCGCAACCUCGACAGCGCCAACGUCCUCAAAGAUGAGUUGGUAAAGUCUACGGGAAACAACAACAUCGUGGUGAGAAAAUUGGACCUCUCUUCACUGAAGUCAGUCAGGGAAUUUGCCCAGCAGAUUAACCGGGAAGAAUCGAGACUCGACGUUCUCCUUCACAACGCCGGAACGGCGGAGACAUUCAGGAAGAAGGUCACCGAUGAUGGUCUCGAGAUGACGAUGGCCACGAACCAUUACGGGCCAUUCCUUCUCACCCAUCUUCUGAUCGAUCUUCUGAAAAGGUCGGCGCCCAGCCGCAUAGUUGUCGUGGCCUCUGAGCUGUACCGACUGUCCAGUUUGAACCUAAACAACAUGAACCCGACAUCCACGUUCCCAGGAUACUUGUACUACGUGUCGAAGUAUGCGAAUAUUGUCUUCACUCAGGAGCUUGCGCGGCGUCUUCAGGGUUCCGGAGUUACGGCCAACUGCCUUCACCCCGGGAUGAUUGACAGCGGGAUAUGGAGAAACGUUCCAGUACCGUUGUCCUGGGGACUGUACCUCAUUAUCAAGGGAUUCUUCAAGACCCCUGAACAGGGUGCUCAGACCAGCGUCUACCUCGCCGUAUCGGAUGAGGUCAUUGGUGUCACCGGAAAAUACUUCAUGGAUUGUCACGAACAUGGACUGUCUCAAGGCGUACAGGAUGCGGCUAAGGGGAAAAAGCUGUGGGAACUUAGUGAGGGAUUUGUGAAAUUGGAAGCCAAUGAUCCAAAGAUAUGAAGAAAAAGAACUGAAUUAUGUAACUGCAGAUGAGCUAUACGUGUGCACACAAUCGGCAGAGAUAAUUAUAAUUAUAAAUAGUAACUGUUGGUCGGAGAAUGACUACGACAUUUUUUAUUGUUUUGUAAUUUAACGAUUGUUGUUUGCGGCUUCAAUUGAUAUAUAAUGUAAUUAUAAUAAAUGCACAUGAUAUUUGUUUUUU